CCCGUGCUUGUCUGCUUUGUGAAGUUGAAUUUUCCUUUUGAAGCGAAUAAAGCAUAAACUCAGAGAGUAUUCAGCCUCAGAUAGCACUUGCUUCAAAAUUUUUUAACCUUUUUAAACUUUCUUUUAAUAUUCAAGAUCCUUAAAACAAAAUUCCCAUUUCUUAAGAUUCAUAUUCUUCUUUCUUGUUGAAGUCAACAGUUUGUUUGUUUCUUUGGAAAAUGUUAUAGAAGGGUGAAAGUCAUGAUGGCUGGUGGUGUUGGUGGUGGUAGUGGUGGUGCUGGCGGCGGUAGAGUUGAAGUGAUAAGUAGCAAGGGAUGUUCACGGUUGUUUGUUGGGUUGUCUUCUUCUGUUCCUUCUUUUAGAGGCGUGCAAUCCUUUGAAGCUGUAACGUCUACUGCCUCCUCCUCUGUUGCCUCUGAAUCGCUGCUUCAGCUUCCCUCCAACGCUCCCUUUUCCGGCCUUGUGAUUUGUGUCACCGGUCUCUCCAAAGAAGCAAGGAAACAGGUCAUGGAAGCGACAGAAAGAUUGGGUGGCCAAUACAGCCCCGAUUUGCAUCCCCAAUGCACCCAUUUGGUAGUCCAGAGCUUCGGUGGACGUAAGCUUGAGCAUGCACUGAAACAUGGAUCAAGAAAUGGUCUCUUUGUUGUAACUCUUGGAUGGUUUGUAGAUAGUGUCCGAAAGAAUGUGAGGUUGAAAGAAUCACUCUACACUGUUAAGAGUAUUAAGGAAUAUGGAAUGCACUUGGACUACUUGAAUCGACUUCAAACAGGUGCUGACAACUCAUGUCUCCCAGCUGGCAUUCAUGAUGCAAAGUGGUUAGAUGUGAAUGCAAAACCAAAAAAGCAUUUCUCUGAAAGAGACUCUAAUAGAAGCAUAGAUUCUACCCUAUCUGGCUACUCACUGUAUGUUGAUUCAGAAAUUUCAAAAGAACUUCAGAAUAAGGUCUUUGAGGCAGCUGCUAGAGAAGGUGCUACACUUGUAGAUCAAUGGUUUGUUGGUUGCAAUGCAAGUUAUGUAGUGUGUGAAGGGACCUCCGUCCAAAGAUAUCUUGGUCACUCUAACAACGUUGUCACACCUCUUUGGGUUCUGAAAACAGCAAAGGAGAAGAAUGUGCAGAGGCUUGUUCACAUGUCAGCUGAUUUGGCCAGGCAGGUUGGAACUAUGAUUGAAAAUCUUCAAAAUGGCACUGUCAGAGAGGAAAUUAUUGGUGGAAAUAUUCCUCAAGAUGCUAAGAGCUGUAUAAGUAAAGCAACCCAUGAAGAAAGGCAACAGAUUGUUAAUUUGGCUAAAACUGGUGUCAGAAAUCGGCGUAGUCGUCGUAUGCAGACUUGCCAAACCCCAAUACGUCCAUUAACCCCAAGCAGCCUUCUAGAUUCAAUAUGCUGGUCUGUCUCUGAGCCAACUUCAACUGCUUCUAUUUACACAGACUCUUUCAGUGGUGAGGAUGUUAGUGAACAUCAUUCAGCCAUAUUCUUUGAUGCUAAGGAGGAUGGCAAGGAUUCAGAAGCUUCAUUUGCUAACCUGACCAGAUUGCUCACAGAAAGUGAAAAAAGUGAAUUGAUAUAUAAAAACCAUUUUCUUACCAUACUCUUUCCUAUUGAUCGAUUUGCCGAAAUGGGGCCUUCUUCACGAACAUAUUUCAGCGAUAAUGGCUUCACAUGUUUGCAGGUGUUAGAUCAUAUCUAUGAAUUUUAUCAGGUUGGAAUCUUCCUGGAAUCUUCAAGGUGUGUUGAUACCUUUUGCAGGAGAACAUGUUGCCUCAUGAGAUCAUUUCAGCUAUUCACACUGAUUCAAGGCAUGCUGAUCGGCUACGUGCAGUGUACUCUAAUAAAGAGACAGUAGAGCAUGGUUAUGUAAAUUUUAAACGAAUUGAAUUCUUAGGAAGUCGUAAGAGUUUUGAGAUGUUGAAGCGCGUAAGUGGAGAUAACAACAGUAAUGUAUAUGAGCUUUUGCUUAGAGCAUGAUAUUAUCUUAACAGUUCGCCCUCCUUAUAUUGGUUUUGAGGCGAUGGUGCUGGUGGUGAUACUUGUCAGCUAAUCACAAUAAUCCAUGUGCCUCCAUUACUUACAAAUCCAUGCACUAAAAGUGAGGAUACAAAGAAUGAGAUAGUUCCUACUUUGUGUCAUAGAAAUAAUUUGUUUGUAUACAUGCUGCUUUUGAUGUGUGUAAUGAACAGAAAAUGAGUGAUACCAUCAAUUUUUUUUUUUUCUUGUUGAUAACCUAAAUGAGUGCUUUGAUGACA